UGUUAAAUUAAAGUUUGUUGUACUGCCAUCUCUGUGUAAGUACUUGAAGCUAUGAGAGGUGGCGUGGAUGAAGCUUGUCGACGCCAUUUUGAAUUUCGAAGGUCGUUUGUCGCUUUAAAUAUUAAAGCUUACCAUAACCAACAAAAUAAACGAAAUUAGGUCUUUCCUUGUUUUCUUUGUUAUAAACAAAGUUUUGUAGUGUUUUAGAGACGGAGUGACAUAAACAAAUAGACUAAUUUAAAUACAUCAACGUUAAUUGUCAAUCAUAGUGAGAAAAAUGAUAUUUGUGUUCGCAGUUAUAAAUAAUAAAAAAGCGACAAAUUCUAAUUUUGAGUGCGAUUUAAAUUACGAGCAAUGGAUUAGUGUUAUUGUGUGUGAAAGUUAAUCAGUAUCAAAGUAGAAAAUAUUGAACUACGAUUUUGUUGUCAACAUUAAUCAAGAAACUAAUUGUAUGCUCCUAACAUAAGUUAAAUUAUGGCUUUCUCUGACUGUGAAAAAGAACAAGCAAAGAACUUUGUGGAUUUCUAUAUUGAUAAAAUUGAAAACCAGAGAAAUUACUUCAGGUAUUAUUUAUCUGAAGAUGUUAUAUUGGAUUGGUUUGGGCAAACAGUGAAAGGUGAAAAAAAUGUCAACGCUUUCUUGAACAAAACUAUAACUUCUGUAAAUCAUAUACUUUCUGAGACGGUACCAGCUACAAAAAUUGGUUCUAGAGAAUCACACGUUAUCAAGCCUUUAAAGACCCAAAAAUCCAUACCACUUGGUCUGCUCAGCCCUCCUAGAACAAUUCAACCAAGAACUGAAACUAAAACCCCUAAGAAACAACCGAUAGCUUCAACUAGCCAUUUUAAUAACAAUAAUAAUAGAGAGCUUCGAAGUAAGCAUUCCAGAGACCAUGGACAAGGUGACGGGUAUCAUAAAGAUACAGAAAUUCUUUCAUCACCAGUGAAAAAAUUGAAAACCCUCGAUGUAACAGAUGUAGUAGUGGAGAAUUUAGAAAUGUUAGAAAGUGAAUCAGAUUCGACACAAAGCAGUCAGAAAAUUAAAUAUGUGGUUUCUGAAGGUUGUGUUGAAUUUCAUAAACCGAGUUUGAAAAAAUAUCAAAGUGAAACGAGGUGGCGUAGGCCUUGUAAGUUAAGUAUCGCGUAUACGUCUACGAACUGUAACGAUUAUACUAUAUAUUUAAUUAUAUACGAAGGUAAUGUUAAGUGUCGUAGGAAUUUAAUGAAAGAUUUCGAAGCAGCAGAAUCCGAACGUUAAUGGAAGAAUACUGGAUAUAAUCUUAUUGUGAUUAUUCUUUAUUAACAUUGUUGUUAUUAUUGUUGUUUUUAUUUGUAUUUUUAUAAAUAAUACGUGAUUUUGAACAUUAGAAAAGAGUGUUUGACGAGACAUUUUAAAGUAAGCCUAAAAAUUUUACAGAUUAUUUCAAUUUUUAUAUGUAAGGUCUAUUCCCUUUUCAGGGGGUAGCCUUUCUAAUAAGAAAAGGUGUUUAUUUUCUAUUUAUAGAAAAAUUUUUGGUAUUAAUUAAUAAUUGACCGAUUAUCUUCAGUAGUAGUGUUUUUCCAAGAAGAAAAUGUAUAAAAUUUUUAUAAAUUCAAUUUUUAAUUCUACCGACACGAUUUUAUCAAAAAAAUUUGAUUUAUUUUGAUAUCUUUGGGUCUUAUCACAGCCCUUUUUACAUAUUUAAUUGUUAGUGUGACCCUAUUUUAAUUUUUUUCCACAUAUCCGAUAAUACAUGUAAGAUUUGUUCCCUUUUCAUUUUUUUCUGCACCCCUCACAAUUUUUUUGAAUUAUACAAUAUUUUUUUUCUAUUCAUUCUGUAUUAGUCUAAAUUCUGUUGAUUUUCAUCCCAACAGUUUUGUUUGAUUUGCAAAUUAAUAUUGAAAAGAUUUUAUUUUUAUACAUUCAUACAUUUCAUGGUAUUUACAGUCCAUCAAUAUCUACUGGUAUCUCAAAGUGUCUUGUAUUUUUAGCUGGCUAAAAUUUUUCGAGACAUCUCACACAUAUAUCUGUAGGAAAAGGCUUGGUUCAAAAUCUUCAUACUUACCUUGAGCUAUUUAUUUUUAUUUUGCUUUAUAUCUUCAAUCUAAUUGAGAUUGAAAGAAUUUAAAUGUGGGGAUAUUAUUAUUUCUGUGGUCCUUAAAUUUAAUCUAGGUAACCAUCCCUGGGAGUAUGGCAAACGUAAAAAAAAUCAGCACCCCUAUGCUUUGAGAUAUCGAAAGUCGAAACUUCAAGAAUGAGUAUAUUCUUGAGUUUUCAAUAUUAUAAAUGGAAGUGUAUUGAAAAAAUCAUUUGUGUUUAAACAUGAUGAUUAUUCUUGCCUUGAAGAAACCGAAUUUGGAAUCUUCAUUUUGGUGGAUGAAGAUACCUAGAUGUAGUGAGGGUUAGAAUUGAGGUUUUUUCACUAAAUUUUUUUCCACAUUUUUAAGGGUUGACGAGGCCUCUUUAAAUUAUAAUAUUAGUUCUGUAAAUCACAAUAAUAAGCAUUGAAAUUUUCUUAAUUGUUUUGAAUUGAGACAACUAAGAAUCUUCACAAGGACAUAUAUGAGAAGGGUUGAAAAAAUAAGGUGAAUUUAUCAAUAACAAAGUAAAAAGUAAAAUUUGAAAUCAGUCUCCCUCAAAGUAUUGAUGUUGAUUAGCGAUGCACUGAUGUCGAAACUCAUCCAGGUCUGGAAGCAUUUCUGGUAGACUUGUUACUAAGUAGUUUUCAUCUGCUCUAUUUUGGCAUUUUCUGUCCUUGACUGAUUCUUUUCAAUCACCAGUACCACUUUAAAUAGUUUUUAAAGUUAUUAAAUGAUCACCAUAAAUAAAUUUCCACAUUUCUUAAUCUUCUUUUAUAUUUUCAUUUCGCAACAACAGAUACUGCAAAAACUGAAUUAGCUGAUUAACUGGAAUAAAGAGAAA